GAGAGAGAGAGAGAGAGAGUCACAUAUAUAGAUAUGUCACUGAAUAAGAAUUACUAUUUAUAACAAGAGUAUACUUAUCAUAAAAGCAGAUGAUUCAUCAAGAGGAUCAUCAGGACUCGAGUUGACGGGAUACGUAAUUCAUGCUGAGAUCUGAUUUGGCUCACCAGAGUACAAAAACCAAAAACAGAAAAUGGGGAGGAUGACAUGGUUCGACGUCGACGGGAUGAAGAGAGGAGAGUGGACAGUUGAGGAAGACCGGAAGCUCGUCGCUUACAUCGAAGAAAACGGUCUCGACAACUGGGGUUUAUUGGCUAAGAGAGCCGGUCUGCAAAGAUGUGGAAAGAGUUGUAGAUUAAGGUGGCUGAACUAUUUGAGACCUGGGAUUAAAAGAAGCAAGUUCUCUCCUCAGGAGGAACAAGAAAUCAUUAAGUUCCAUGCUCUUCUUGGAAACAGGUGGUCAGUAAUAGCUAAGCAAAUACCGAACCGAACAGACCAUGACAUAAAGAACCAUUGGAACUCAUGUCUUAAGAAAAGACUCGCUAAAGGACGAACCGACCCAAUGAUGACUCCUGAGCCAGCACUCGUCACCGUCGACGAAGCCACUUCCACGUCAACGAGGUCGCCGUCUCCGGCACCCAGCACUACUUUUUCUUCCACUGGCUUUGCACGUCUCCUUAACAAGCUCGCUGCUGGUAUCGCCUCGAGAAAAUACAGACUCGACAAGAUCAAGAUGUUGAUAUUGACCGAACAACCAAGAGAAGCCAGUGCUAAAGAGAAUAUGCUGAUAACCAUGGAAGAGGAGGAUUUGAUUACUUGUUUUAUGGACAUUGAUGAGAAGUUGAGUACGGCGUCGUUUUGUGAACUACCUUGUUGUGAAGAUUCUACGUACUGCUAUGCUACGUCGGACUGGCUUAAUUAGUGGCUUUGGAUGACUACAAUAAUUAACCCAUGUUGUAAACACUAGUAUCCAUCCAUCCCAAAAUUACAUCACAAAGCAUGAGGGACUUGCCCAACCACUUGAUAUUCAUGCAUGGUUAUUAAUCUAAAGUUGAUAACAAAAAU